ACGACGACGACGACGGGACGAGUGGCGGACGAGCUAACUCCACGGCAUUCCGUUGCAUCCAUGGCCAUGGACUUUGAGAAGAUACUGGGCAAGUGCGGAGACUGCCAUCGCUACCAGUACAUGCUGCUGGCUCUCUACGGGCUGCUCAUGUUCAUCGUCUCCCGGCACUACUUUGCCCAGAGCGUCAUCAGCUUCGUGCCCGAUCACUGGUGCUAUCACGAGCAGCUGGAGAAUCGAAGCUAUGCCGAAAUCGCCGCUAUUUACGCACCAUUUGAGAGUCCCUCGUGCACCCAACUGGCGUCUAUUGAUUGGGACUCGAUGAAUGCCACGGCGAGCGGUCAGCCCUGCACUCGUUGGAUCUACAACUAUGAUCAUGGAUUCCGGAGCAUGAAUGCCGAUUUGAACUGGGUCUGUGAUUCCGCCUACAAGGCCCGUGUGGGUCAAUCCCUGUUCUUCCUGGGCUCCAUGUGCGGCACUUUGCUCUUUGGUCUCCUAGGCGAUAGGAUUGGACUAGAGAUUGGACGCAUUCGAGCCAUGGUUUUGGCCAACUGGUGUGGCUUCCUGGGCGACUCGGCCACCAUUUACGCCCAAAGCCUGGUGACCUUCUCGGCCAGCCGCUUUGCCUCUGGUCUGGCGGCCGAGGCCAACGCCUAUCUUAUGUACAUUCUGGUGUUGGAGUAUGUGUCGCCUUCGAUGCGGAGUGUGGGCCUAAACCUAACCAUGAGCAUCUUCUACUGCCUGGGCAUGAUCAGUGCCUCGUGGCAUGCUGUCUGGCUGGGCAACUGGCGCUACUACAUGGCCUGGUCGGCUUUGCCGCAGGUUCUAGUCACUUGCUUUUAUUUUUUGGUACAAGAGAGUGCCCAGUGGCUGGUCACAAGCCAUGAUAUUGACGGUGCUGUGCUGCGUCUGCGCCGCGUGGCCAAGUUCAACAGGCGAGAGGUCAGCGAGGCGGACUUCGAGUUGUUCAGGCAGCACUGCAAGUCGAAAGCAUCGGAGGCUAAUAGCCGGAUAUCCCUGCAAAGGCAAGCGCGCCUUGUGGAUGCCCUCAAGUCUCCAAGGCUGCGUCUGAGGCUCAUCUACGUGCUGGUUGUGUUCACGAUAAUCACGCUCUGCUACAAUACCAUGUCCCGGAAUGUGGAGGGUCUGGGUAUGUCGCCCUUCGUGAUGUUCAGCCUGUUUGCUCUGACCCUGCCGCCCUCGGGUAUCGUCCAGAUCCUCACCCAGCGUCAUUUGGGCCGCAAGUUCACCUCAGUGACCAGCAUGGCCGUAACUGGAGCGCUUACUGCGGCCAGCGGCAUAUUGCUCAGUCUCUGGCGGGAGCCUAGUGUCGCUGUAAUGGUCGCUCUGAUGCUGGCCUCUCGCUUCGGCAUCUCUGUCACCUCAGGAGCCACCAUGCAGAUAUCGGCCGAGCUUGUGCCCACCUGCGUGCGUUCUAGUGGCCUGGCUGUGGUUCAUGUUGCGGGCGCAGCCCUCUCCUUCCUUUCGCCAUUUAUCCUGCAUCUGGACACCUACUUUCGAGCAGCAUCUUCAAUUAUUCUCUGCCUGCUGCUGCUGUUCAGCGCCUGGAUUUGCCUGCUGCUGCCGGAGACGCGAAACAAGAAGCUGCCCAUGAGCCUGGCCGAGGGCGAGGAGUUUGGCAAGGGCGAGCGGAUGUUUGACUUUCUGCGACGCUCCAGGGAGGAGGCGGAGGAGGAUGAUCUCAAGGCCGAAGGCACCAACGAGAAGCUGAUGGCGGACUAAGGGUACUCACUUAGUAGGUGCUUUCCCAUUUUGAUAGGGUUCGAAUUGAUUUUGGAAAGUAAUUCAAAUGCAUUUAAUUUAACCAAAUAAUUAUUAUUUUGUUAUGACUUUAUUUUGUCCUAAUUAUUCGUACUUACGAGCUAAUAGAUUUAUGUUUUAUAAUUACCUCCUAUUAUAAAUUGUUGAUGUUUUUGUCUUAAGACCAGUGAUAGCAGAUCUGAGAGCGCUUUAUCUAGGUCAUAAAAAACGUAGACUAAUAACAACAUAAUGGGCAUAAUUAACUGGCGUACAUAACAUGACAAUAAGAAUUGCGAGAAAGACUGGUAAUAACUAUUACUGCUAUCGGUUUAUUUAAGAAAACUGGCGAGUGUAUAUGAAAGAUUUUUAUUACUUGAUGCGCGGGUUUGUUUAUAUGUUUCUUAGUUAUUUUUAAACUGUUUAUGCUUUAAGGGAAUAUUUUAAUUAAAGAAUUAAAUACAAAAGUGAUUAGAUAUGUUUUGCCUUUCCAUUCUAAUCUUUGCAUGCUGCAGCAUAUCUUGCUAGUUACUAAUCCAAAAAAAUUCCAUUCAAGUUUCUCUAAAAUAAUACUUACAUUCCAAUCAAGGGUAUGUUCGUGUUCAUUUUGACGAAUCUGGCGUGUCAUUCAUGCUUUUAUCCGAGCUCACUCUUGACCUUUUAUGCACUUGAAGAGGGGCGGCUCUUUGUG